CUCCAUCACGAACAUCUCCACGACCAAGCCUGAAGCCACUUUAAUCAGAAGACACCAACCAGGAAAAAGACCUCCAUAUCCAUCGGAAUCAUCAGUAUGGUCAGAGCGGAGCUCGUGUUCGUUCCAUCGCCGGGCUUGGGCCAUCUGGUGUCGACGGUGGAGAUGGCGAAGCUUCUGGUCGACCGAGACCACCGCGUGUCCAUCACCCUCCUCAUCAUGAAGCCACCGCACGAGUCUCACUCCGGCAUCGACAACCGGACGCGAUCGCUCGCCGACUCAAUGGCCGGCCGCUUCCGGUUCGUGCAUCUUCCUGACAUCGACCCGAUUACGGAGACCAACCCCAGCAAAAUCCGCGAUCUGUGCAUCGAGAGCUACAAGCCUCACGUGAAAGAAGCUAUCGGGCAACUCACCGAGUCCGACUCGGGCCCCGACUCACCUCGGCUCGCGGGGCUCGUUGUCGACAUGUUCUGCACAACGAUGAUCGACGUGGCAAACGAGCUCCGGGUCCCCUCAUACGUGUUCUUCACAUCGGGGGCCGCCUUUCUGGGCCUGAUGCUCCAUCUCCAGAGGCUGCAGGAUGAACACGGAAUCGACUCGACCGAGUUCAGGGACUCCGACACCGAAUUGGACUUCCCAAACUUCACGAAUCCACUGCCUGCCAAGGUCUUGCCCACCGCAUAUCUGGUAAAGGAGGCCGCCCCGGCUUACAUUGGCCACGCUAGGAGGUUCCGGGAAACCAAGGGCAUUUUCGUGAAUACAUUCGCUGAGCUCGAAAGGCAUGUGUUGAAGUCCUUGGUCGAUGACGUCAUCCCGCCGGUUUAUCCAGUUGGACCCAUAUUAAACCUCACAAGGUCGACCGGUGGCACAGGACCGUCCAAUGGUUCGGAGACCAUGAAGUGGCUCGACAGUCAACCCGAUUCGUCUGUGGUGUUCCUGUGCUUUGGAAGUCGGGGUAGCUUCGACGCGGAUGCCGUGAGAGAGUUUGCCACCGCGCUUGAGCGUUGUGGGCACCGGUUCCUGUGGUCCCUACGCCAGCCGCCGCCCAAGGGCAAGGUAGGACCCCCACGUGAUUAUGCGAAUCCCAUGGAGAUCCUACCAGAAGGGUUCCUCGAUCGGACGGUCGAGAUAGGGAAAGUGAUCGGGUGGGCCCCGCAAGUGGACAUCCUCGCCCACCCGGCAGUCGGGGGAUUCGUGUCCCAUUGUGGUUGGAACUCCACGCUGGAGAGCAUAUGGUUUGGCGUGCCGAUCGCGGGAUUGCCACUAUAUGCGGAGCAACAAUUCAACGUGUUCGAGAUGGUGGUGGAGUUGGAUCUCGCUUUUGAGAUUAAGAUGGAGUACAGGAGGGAUGUAAGGAUGAAGAGUGAGACAACGGUCACCGCUGAAGAGAUAGAGAGAGGGAUACGGCGAGUGAUGGAGCCGGAUAGCGAACAGAGGAAGAAGGUAAAGGAGACGAGCGAGAAGAGCCGGAAGGCCUUGGAUGAGGGCGGUUCUUCAUGCUCAUCCCUCCGCCGUUUGAUUGACGAUAUCUUCAAUAAGAUGCCCUGAUAAGAGUUGUAUCUCCAGAAGAAAUUUCACAUGCAACGGACGCGAUCGCUCGAUGUGUCCAAAGGAAUUUUUCUUUCGUUUGGAUAGCAAAUGUUAUCUUUAUCCUCAUUUGGAUUCCGUGCCACAAUAGAAUACAUUCAACGGCGGCAUUUUAAUGGAUGUUCUAGGAGAAUAUGGCUUCUGGAAAGCAGUUCCUUAUGUGUAUACUUGCAAUUUGCAACAAAGAGAUAAAUCAAUUUUGCGAGGCUUUUGUUAAUA